UUCUUUUUUUAAUAAAGCUGCUUCUCCAUGUGAUCACUAUUUUUCUCCGGUUCCUUCCCCUUUGAAAGAGAAAAGAAAAAGAACGAAAGCUGUCAAAAACUCCAAGGUCAGAUCUCGCGAUCAAACCCUAAACCCUAAAAUUGUAUUUUAUAGACCUGCGAUUUAAUCAGAUUCUUGAGCUCGCAAAAAGGAAUGGUCUGGAUUGACCUUCUGUAUCUUUUUAAUGGAAUUGUGAAGUUUUGAUUGUUCCGGUAAGUAUAGUGGGAAGCAUGAACAUUGUUAAGGGUGUGGCUGAUCUCAUUCGAAGGACAUCCAGUGGUCAAACUGGAGAGUCCAUCCAGGGGUCAUCAUCUGGGAGGUUUUCUCCUCCUUCUCCAAAGAUCUGUUUCAGUGAAGUAGGUGACGAGGCGGUUUUACAUACACUCUGGGAGAAAUAUGAGAAUGCUGUUGACAAGGCUGAAAAGAAGAAGCUAUUUCAUGUCUUCCUCAAGCAAUUUUUAAUGGUAUUUGAGAAAUGGGAACCCGCUAAUGCCAGCCAGUUGCCAGAGGCUGCAUUGACAACUGUGCCUCCCGUGGAGUAUCCAUUGCGGGUUGAUGAUAUAAUUGUUGGCUGCUCUGCUGGACACCCUGCAGAAAUCAUUCUUGCAUUGACUGAAGAGAUCACACAGUUAACCUCUCUUGUUUCUGAAUUAAACACCAGUGUGGUGCGCACCAGGGUGGACUCACCAGGGAAUUCGACAAGUUUGAGUAUCACUUCUGAAGGGCUGCCCUUGUUGAAUGCUUUAACAAUAAUUGUUCGUUCAAUGCAUAACUGCAGAGUUUUUGGAUACUAUGGCGGGAUUCAAAAGCUAACUGCAUUAAUGAAAGGGGCUCUUGUACAGCUAAAAUCAAUAACAAGUGAACUAUCUGGCGACGAGAGUCUGUCUAGUAUUUCUCUAGAUAAGACCAGACUUUUGCAACAAAUACUUUUAUAUGUGGUGUCCAUAAUAUGUGGUUAUAUUGAUUUAAAUACAAAUUUAUAUGAGAAAGCACAGUUGUUCAGUAGCCAUGCAGAGUUUUUCACCCCCAGUUGGGGUGCAUCUUCCAAUGAAUCUUCUAGUGGUGUGAAGGUUCCUACUGAAACGAGGCUAUAUUGGCAUCAGAGGGCAGUUGUGUCAGUGAUGGAAGCUGGUGUUCUUAACUGGUUAGUAGAGUUGCUGCGAGUCAUCAGAAGGUUGAGCAUGAAAGAACAAAGGACAGAUUUGUCACUUCAAUAUUUGACUUUGUGGACUCUUCAUCUAGCAUUAUCCAAUAAUCCACGUGGUCAAAAUCAUUUUAAAAGCAUUGGAGGGCUUGAAGUUCUGCUGGAUGGACAAGGACUUCCAUCAAUUAAUGUGCUAUUGUGGAGGAACGCCUCUCAUGUUGGUGAUGAAAGAGGUGAGAAUCCCUUGCUGAAAAUAUUCCAGUUACAUGUACUGUCUUUGACAGUUCUAAGAGAGGCUGUCUUUGGUAAUAUGAACAACCUGCAGUUCCUAUGUGAAAAUGGAAGAAUUCAUAAAUUUGCAAAUAGCUUUUGUUCGCUUUCCUUCUUGCUUCAAGAGUGUGAGCAGAAUACAAAGGAUUUGUCUGUACAGGAUGAUUGCCAAAUUCCUGUUUCUGACUUGGAAAAUGAGAAUCAUGUAAAGAUGGAACGAUCUUUUCCCCUUCCAGCUGAUGCUGCUUAUUCUAAACUUUGGAAUGAAUAUGUUGUCAAAUUGAGUGGGGUGCUGUGUUCUUUCAUUGUUGCUCCUGAAAAUAUUAAACCUCACCAUGUCCAAACAAACACUGGUCGAAUUGGAAUGCCAAUUUCUGCAGCAUAUGGUGAGCUUUCAAUUAAGUGGGUCAUGGGGGUUCUUCUUACAGUCUUUCCAUGCAUCAAGGCUUGUUCAAAUCAAAAGGAGUUGCCUAACCAUUUAAGGGUCUUUGCUAAUGUCCUACAACACUCUGUACUUGAUGCCUUUACGAAGGUUCUUGUUUCAUCACCUGUAUCACUUGAAAUAUUCAGGGAAGAGGGGAUAUGGGACCUUAUCUUCUCUGAGAAUUUUUUCCACUUCGGACCAGAUUCAGAAGAAAUGGCUGGAGAGUGUGGCAGUUACAAUCAAGGGUUCCCAGGACAGCUUGACAGAAACUUGUCCUCUAGUAGCAUUUCCAAUCAAACAAAGAUUAGUAGUUUUGAGAUCCUUCAGAUGGAAGUAAUCUCCUUUGUGGAAUUUGCUGCAACUUGCAAUGGAACUGUGGAUAACUUGCUUGAGGUGUCUGUUUUACUGGAUGCCUUAGAACAAUGUGCAUGUCAUCCUGACAUCGCUGUUGUUCUUGCAAAGAGUCUACUGCAUAUAUUGCAGCUUUUGCCAGAGAAAACGAUUGCCUCCUUCAAGUCUCUAAGUGCAGUUUCUCGGGUCCUCAAAGUUGCAUGUAUUCAAGCCGAAGAGUGUAGAAGGUCUGGAAAUAUGAGCCCUUCUCUUGAGAGUAAAAUACUACCACUUCAUGGUGGUCAGAGACCUAAUUCAGAAAAGAUGGGCCAAAGUUGGUUUACAUGCAUGGAUACAUGCAUGGAGCUCUUCACAAAAUUUUUCUCAAUUGCUGAUGAUGCAGGAAGUUUCGUUUUGUGUGACUGGACUUGCAUUGAUUGUUUGUUUGAUUUAUUUUGGGAAGAAGGCAUGAGAAAUCAUGUGUUUGAGAGCAUCCUUGACCUCAUGAAGUUAGUUCCAUCAUCUCUAGAAGAUCAAAAGGCAAAGUUGCAUUUAUGUUCAAAGUAUUUAGAGACUUUCACUCAAAUAAAGGAAAGGGAGAAAAGUUUUGCAGAGCUGUCUAUCAAUCUAUUGGUUGGAAUGAGAGAGAUGCUCAUGACCAAUCCUGCGUACUACCAAGCCUUGUUUCGUGAUGGCGAAUGCUUUUUGCAUGUUGUCUCAUUACUAAAUGGUAAUCUUGAUGAGGUGUAUGGAGAGAAGUUGGUUCUAAAUGUCCUUCAAACUCUGACCUGCCUCCUAGAAAAUAAUGAUGACUCAAAGGCUUCGUUUAGAGCCUUAGUUGGCAAGGGUUAUCAGACAAUGCAAAGUUUGCUAUUGGACUUUUGUCAAUGGCGUCCAAGUGAAGCACUUUUAAAUGCACUUCUUGAUAUGCUUGUCGAUGGAAAGUUUGAUAUAAAAUCAAGCCCUCUCAUAAAGAAUGAGGAUGUGAUCAUACUUUAUCUCAGUGUUCUACAGAAGAGCAGUGACUCUUUGCGGCACUAUGGUCUCAACAUGUUCCAGCAACUGCUCAGGGAUUCCAUUUCCAACCGAGCCUCAUGUGUCAGAGCAGGAAUGCUUAAUUUUCUUCUUGAUUGGUUUUCUCAAGAAGAUAAUGACAGCACCAUUUUGAAAAUUGCGCAAUUGAUUCAGGUCGUUGGUGGGCAUAGCAUAUCUGGGAAGGAUAUCCGUAAAAUCUUUGCUCUUCUCCGAAGUGAAAAAGUCGGGAUGCGGCAGCAGUACUGCUCACUAUUAUUGACCACUGUUUUGUCAAUGCUCAAUGAGAAGGGCCCAACUGCUUUUUUUGAUUUCAACGGGAAUGAUUCUGGGAUUAUAGUUAAAACACCUGUGCAGUGGCCUCUCAGCAAGGGUUUUUCUUUUUCGUGCUGGCUUAGAGUGGAAAGCUUCCCUAGAAAUGGAACAAUGGGUCUUUUCAGUUUUCUUUCUGAAAAUGGAAAAGGGUGCUUGGCAGCUGUUGGAAAUGAAAGGCUUAUUUAUGAGUCAAUUAAUCUGAAGCAGCAGCGUAUUCAAUUUCACAUUAAUUUAGCCAGUAAGAAAUGGCAUUUUCUUUGCAUAACUCAUAGCAUUGGGCGGGCAUUUUCUGGGGGUAGCCUGUUGAGAUGUUAUGUGAAUGGUGAUCUCGUGGCAUCUGAACGAUGCAGAUAUGCAAAAGUUAAUGAAUUAUUGACGAGCAGUAGUAUUGGCAUGAAAAUUAAUUUGCCUCAUAAUGAAGAAGAAAUUUUUCCGGACUCCAUUCGAGAUUUCUUCUCUUUUCAUGGUCAGAUUGGUCCUGUCUACUUGUUUAGUGAUGCCAUUUCUUCUGAGCAAGUCCAGGGCAUCUAUUCCUUGGGACCAAGCUAUAUGUACUCGUUCCUUGAUAAUGAAGCCACACCUUUUUAUGAUAGCUCAUUGCCCAGUGGAAUUCUUGAUUCUAAAGAUGGUCUGUCAUCAAAAAUUAUCUUUGGACUCAAUGCCCAGGCAAGUGAUGGCAAGAAGCUGUUUAAUGUUUCACUGGUAACAGAUCAUGCAUUAGAUAAGAAGGCAUUUGAAGCAACUGUUAUGGCUGGUACACAGUUAUGUUCACGACGCAUGCUGCAACAGAUAAUUUACUGCGUCGGUGGCGUGUCUGUGUUUUUUCCUCUCAUUUCCCAAUCUGAUAGGUAUGACAAUGAAGAAAGUGGAUCCUUUGAACAUGCAUUGCUUACACCAAUCACAAAAGAACGCCUGACAGCUGAGGUUAUUGAGCUUAUAGCUUCUGUCCUAGAUGAUAAUUUAGCAAAUCAGCAGCAAAUGCAUCUUCUUUCUGGAUUUUCAAUACUGGGAUUUUUAUUGCAAUCAGUUCCACCAGAGCUACUCAAUUUGGAGACCCUUUCAGCUUUGAAACAUCUGUUUAACGUUGCUGCAAAUUGCGGGUUAGCUGAGCUGCUUGUUAAAGAUGCCAUAUCUUGCAUCUUUCUUAAUCCUUUCAUCUGGGUCUACACAGUAUACAAGGUGCAGCGAGAGCUUUACAUGUUUCUCAUCCAGCAAUUUGACAAUGAUCCAAGAUUACUCAAGAGUCUGUGUCAACUACCUCGUGUUAUUGAUAUAAUUCGUCAAUUUUAUUGGGACAACUCAAAAUCUCGGUUUGCUAUUGGAAGCAAGCCUCUUCGGCAUCCCAUUACCAAAGUUAUUAUUGGAGAGAGACCUAAUAGAGAAGAAACUCACAAAAUUCGUCUUCUUUUAUUGAGUCUCGGUGAGAUGAGCCUCAGGCAAUGCAUUGGCACUGCAGACAUAAAGGCAAUAAUAGCCUUCUUUGAAACAAGCCAGGAUAUGGCAUGCAUUGAGGAUGUUCUGCAUAUGGUCAUCCGUGCUCUCUCUCAAAAACAACUGCUUGUUGCUUUCCUUGAACAAGUUAAUCUCAUUGGUGGUUGCCACAUUUUUGUUAAUCUUCUUCAGAGGGAAUAUGAGCCUAUCAGACUUCUCAGCUUGCAGUUUCUGGGAAGACUUUUGGUUGGUUUACAAUCUGAGAGGAAGCCACCAAGACUCUUCAAUCUUUCUGUUGGGAGAUCCAGAUCUGUUUCAGAAAGCCAGAAGAAAGUCAGUUCAAAAAUGCAGCCAGUCUUCUCAGCUAUAUCUGAUAGGUUGUUCAGAUUUCCACUAACAGAUAAUUUGUGUGCAGCCUUGUUUGAUGUUCUUCUUGGUGGUGCUAGUCCCAAACAGGUUUUGCAGAAAUAUAACCAGGUUGACAAGCAGAGAAGCAAAGGAAAUAAUUCUCAUUUUCUUGUUCCUCAAAUCUUGGUUAUCAUAUUCGGAUUCUUGUCUAGCUGUGAGGAUGUAUCCACUAGAACGAAAAUAAUAAGGGAUCUGCUUGAUCUGCUUGAUUCAAAUUCUUCAAACAUUGAAGCUUUGAUGGAAUAUGGAUGGAAUGCAUGGUUAACAGCCACUUUAAAACUUAACGUGAUCAAAGACUAUAUAGUUGAGUCUCAAGACCAAACUCAUAGUGAGAGACUCGAGCAGAAUUUGGUGAGGAGUUUAUUUUGUGUUGUUCUUUGCCACUAUAUGCUUUCAGUAAAAGGUGGCUGGCAACAGUUGGAAGAGACAGUGAAUUUUCUACUCCUGCAAUGUGACCAAGACAGCAUCUCACGUAGAAAGUUGCUUCAUGAUAUCUUUGAGGACCUGAUUCAAAGGCUGGUAGACUUUUCUUUUGAGGAAAAUAUCUUUGCUGCACAACCUUGUCGGGACAAUACAUUAUAUCUUCUACAACUGAUGGAUGAGAUGCUCGUUGCUGAAAUUGAUCAUAAGAUUUUGUUUCCAGAAAACAGCUCUGAAGUGUCGAUUGAUUCUUCAGAACUAGAAAGUCAGAAGAAUUUUAGUUCUGCACUCUCUCAGGUUGUGCAAGGAGAAUUUAAUAAUCAGACAUCUAGAAAUCCGUGGGGUGGCAAGCAUUCAACCACACAUGAAGGUGAAGUAAUCAAUGAUAAGUGGUGGGAUUUGUAUGAAAAUUUGUGGAUUAUUAUCAGCGAGAUCAAUGGCAAAGGGCCAAGCAAGAUGAUGCUUAAAUCAUCAGCAGCAGCAGGACCAUCAUUGGGUCAAAGAGCACGUGGCUUAGUAGAAUCAUUGAAUAUUCCUGCAGCAGAAAUGGCUGCGGUUGUUGUGUCAGGGGGGAUUGGCAAUGCAUUAGCUGGAAAACCAAAUAAAACUGCUGACAAAGCUAUGCUUUUAAGAGGGGAGAGGUGCCCAAGAAUUGUUUUCCGACUUGCUAUUCUGUAUCUUUGCAGAUCUUCCCUAGAAAGAGCAUCUCGGUGUGUGCAACAGGUUAUUGCACUUUUACCUUCUAUUCUGGCUGCCGAUGAUGAGCAAAGUAAGAGCAGGUUGCAGCUUUUCAUCUGGUCUUUGCUUGCUGUAAGGUCUGAAUAUGGGGUGUUAGAUGAUGGUGCUCGUCUUCAUGUUAUAUCUCACCUAAUUCGAGAAACAAUCAACUGUGGUAAAUCGAUGCUGGCUUCUAGCAUUGUGGGUAGAGAUGACUCUUCUGAUACAGGGAGUAACUCAAAAGACACCAGCUCUAUUCACAGUAUAAUUCAAAAGGAUCGAGUGCUUGCAGCGGUUUCUGACGAGGCAAAAUACAUAAAAUCAUCAAUAUCUGACCGCACCAGGCAGUUGGAGGAGCUCCAUGCUAGGAUGGAUGAGAAUUCCACUGUGGAAACUACUAACAAGAAAGCAUUUGAAGAUGAGAUACAAAAUAGUUUGAACUCAAUUGUUGCUUUGGAUGACAGUAGAAGAGCUGCACAGCAGCUUGUGCACGAGGAAGAGGAGCAAAAUGUUGCAGAGAAGUGGAUGCACAUGUUCCGCACAUUGAUUGAUGAGAGAGGUCCGUGGUCAGCUAAUCUUUUUCCAAAUGGUGUUGUAAAGCACUGGAAACUUGACAAGACAGAGGAUGCAUGGAGACGCAGACCCAAGUUAAGACAGAACUAUCACUUUGAUGAGAAGCUAUGUCUUCCUCCUUCAUCCUCUAGCAAUGAGGAUACUCUUCCUGUAAAUGAAACCAAAAAUAGUUUUGUGGGCCAUAUUCCUGAGCAAAUGAAGCAGUUUCUAUUGAAAGGAGUGCGCAGGAUAACUGAUGAGGUGAUUUCAGAAGCUGGUGAAAAUGAUGCUGAAACCAGUGGGCAAACAACACCUAUCCCUGAUGAUCCUUCAGAGAGUCAACGCUUGGAUCUUGUUGGAGACAGUAGCAGUCAGAAUGAAAUUGUACAAGACAAAAGAGAUUCUUCUUCCACUUCACAAGAAACAGAAACUAGUGAGGUUCUCAUGUCUGUUCAAUGUGUACUUGUAACACCAAAAAGAAAACUGGCUGGAAAUUUGGCAGUCAAGAAAAAUUUCUUGCACUUUUUUGGUGAGUUUUUGGUUGAAGGUACUGGAGGAUCAUCUGUAUUCAAAAACUUCCAAGCUUCUAUCAAGUCUGAUGCAAACAAGCUUGAACAGAAACAUAAGUCUCUUAACUGGCCUAUACAUGUCAAUUUUAGCCCUGAGAAGGUGAUUUCUGUUGAUAAUACAGUCUUAGCAAAUGAAAAUGUGCAGCAAAGGCAGUUAAAACAUGUGAGGCGACAUAAAAGAUGGAGUGUUGACAAGAUAAAGGCUGUCCAUUGGAGUCGUUAUCUGCUUAGAUACAGUGCCAUAGAGAUUUUCUUCAGUGACUCUGUUGCUCCUGUCUUCUUGAAUUUCGCAUCACAGAAGGAUGCAAAAGAAGUUGGAACAUUAAUAGUUGCUACUCGAAAUGAAUUCUUGUUUCCGAAAGGAAGUAGUAAGGACAAGAGUGGGACUAUUUCAUUUGUUGAUAGGCAUGUAGCCUUGCGGAUGGCAGAAAUUGCCAGGGAGAAUUGGAGGAGAAGGGAUAUAACGAACUUUGAAUACCUGAUGAUCCUCAACACACUUGCAGGAAGAUCUUACAAUGACUUAACACAGUAUCCUGUCUUCCCUUGGGUUUUGGCAGAUUAUUCCUCUGAGGAUCUUGAUUUUAACAAGGCUUUGACCUUUCGGGAUCUUACUAAACCUGUUGGAGCUCUUGAUGUAAAACGUUUUGAGGUGUUUGAAGACAGGUAUCGCAGCUUCUCUGAUCCUGAUAUACCCAGCUUCUACUAUGGGUCUCAUUAUUCAAGCAUGGGGAUUGUGCUUUAUUACCUUCUUAGGUUAGAGCCAUUCACAUCUCUUCACCGUAAUUUGCAGGGUGGUAAGUUUGAUCAUGCAGAUCGCCUUUUCCAAAGCAUUGAAGGCACAUAUCGAAAUUGUCUUUCUAAUACUAGUGAUGUGAAGGAGUUGAUUCCUGAGUUCUUUUACAUGCCGGAGUUUCUUGUUAAUUCAAAUUCUUAUCAUUUGGGAGUCAAACAGGACGGGGAACCACUAGGGGAUGUUUGCCUCCCUCCCUGGGCCAAGGGUUCACCUGAAUUAUUUAUAAAUAAAAAUCGAGAUGCACUUGAAAGUGAAUAUGUUAGCUCAAAUCUCCAUCACUGGAUUGAUUUGGUGUUUGGUUACAAGCAGCGAGGAAAACCAGCAGUGGAGGCUGCAAAUAUUUUUUAUUAUUUAACUUACGAAGGUGCUGUUGAUCUGGACACUAUGGAAGAUGAGUUGCAGAGAUCAGCAAUUGAAGACCAGAUUGCGAACUUUGGCCAAACUCCAAUUCAGAUUUUCCGCAAGAAACACCCUAGAAGAGGGCCUCCAAUUCCAAUUGCCCGUCCUUUAUACUUCGCACCUGAUUCCAUUAAUUUAUCAUCCAUUGUAUCUAGUACAAGUCAUCCACCUUCAGCUGUAUUAUAUGUUGGUACUUUGGAUUCGAAUAUUGUUCUCGUAAACCAAGGGCUAACUUUGUCAGUUAAGAUGUGGUUGACAACUCAGCUUCAAUCUGGUGGAAAUUUCACUUUCUCUAGCUUCCAGGAACCGCUAUUUGGAGUUGGUUAUGAUGUUCUUUCUGCUCGAAAAAUUGGCAGUCCUUUGGCUGAAAAUGUUGAACUAGGAGCACAAUGCUUUGCAAUAUUGCAAACACCAACCGAGAAUUUUUUAAUCUCAUGUGGUAAUUGGGAAAAUAGUUUCCAAGUCAUUUCUUUAAGUGAUGGAAGAAUGGUGCAGAGCACUCGACAACAUAAAGAUGUGGUCAGCUGUGUGGCAGUGACAGAUGAUGGUUGUUUCCUUGCUACUGGAAGUUACGACACCACAGUCAUGGUUUGGGAGGUUCUUCGUGCCCGAAUUACUGAAAAGAGAGUUCGAAACACUCCGACUGAACUAGCCCGUAAAGAUUAUGUCAUUGCUGAAACUCCCUUUCAUAUUCUCUGUGGUCACGAUGACAUAAUUACAUGUUUAUGUGCUAGUGUGGAGCUUGAUUUAGUUAUUAGUGGUUCAAAGGAUGGAACUUGUGUUUUCCAUACCUUGAGGGAGGGAAAAUAUGUAAGAUCUUUACGCCAUCCAUCUGGCAAUGCAUUGUCAAAACUCGUUGCAUCUCGGCAUGGGCGGGUAGUCCUUUAUGCUGAUGAGGAUCUCAGUUUACAUCUGUAUUCUAUUAACGGAAAGCACCUUGCCUCCUCUGAAUCUAAUGGGCGCCUCAACUGUGUUGAACUUAGCAAAUGUGGUGAGUUCUUGGUUUGUGCAGGUGACCAAGGACAGAUAGUUGUGCGCUCUAUGAACACAUUUGAUAUUGUCAAAAGGUAUAAUGGAGUUGGAAAGAUUAUAACUUGUCUUACAGUAACUGUGGAGGAAUGCUUCAUAGCUGGGACCAAGGAUGGAAGCCUUCUUGUGUACUCCAUAGAAAAUCCUCAACUUCGUAAGACUAGCAUUCCUCGUAUGAAAUCUAAAUCUUCUGUAUCAGGAUAGAUCUAUAAUCAGUGGUCAGAGAUGCAGUUAAACAGCCUCUGCCGAUUGCUGAUAUUAAUUUAGGGAACACAUGCUUAGGAUACUGGAUAUUUGUUCACAUCUGUAAUGGAUGUCAAGACUAAUAGACACAUUCCAUCUGGGCAGGAUCUCAAUCACAUUUCUUGUUCAUGAAGACAGCAAGGAUGUAUGCAGUUAGCAGCUACCAGAUAGGAAGUGGAUUAAUACAUACACAGACCUUGAAUAAUUCAAAUUGACAUAUUGUUCAAAUUCUGUCUGCCAGGAGUAGUCGUCUCAUCUUAUGUAUUAGGAGGCGAGACAGAAUCUGAUUGCUUGCACAUAUGUGUUCGUUAUAUUCUAAUAGGGUUGAAUAGAAUUGUUGUCGAGUAUUAGCAACAGUUGUAUCUCAGCACGUUUUCUUUAGAUCGGCGCGACCUUUGUACAGAUAGGUUUUGUUGAGGUGAAAUUUGUUGCUUGUAUUUUACCAGACACUUGUAAAGUUCAUUGGAGAUGCAAAUAACUACGGGAAAGAUCCAACUCAAGCAACUUAUAAUCUUGCUGGAUCAUUUCUAGUUGUUGUGAUA